GCCUCAUCUAUAUCAAUCCAUCCCGGCGUCGCCACCCCCCGUAGCCAAUUCAAUCACAUAACUCUCCCCACAUCAUCUUCACAAUGGCUUCCACAGAAACUAUCCUCCAAGGAGUCACCGUCCUCGGCAAGAUUGACGACUCUCACCGCAAGAUCCUCACCCCCCCUGCCCUGGCCUUCCUUGCUCUCCUACAUCGCUCUUUCAACACCACCCGCAAGAACCUGCUUGAGCGCCGCAAGCUGCGCCAGGCUGAGCUGGAUCGCGGCGUUCUCCCCGAUUUCCUGCCCGAGACCAAGCACAUCCGCGAGAAUGCCACAUGGAAGGGAGCAGCUCCCGCGCCUGGUCUGGUUGACCGACGCGUUGAGAUUACGGGCCCUACCGACCGAAAGAUGGUCGUCAAUGCUUUGAACUCUGAUGUCUGGACUUACAUGGCUGAUUUUGAAGACUCCAGUGCCCCUACAUGGGACAACAUGAUCAAUGGCCAAGUCAACCUGUACGACGCUGUCCGCCGCCAGGUUGACUUCAAGCAGGGCGCCAAAGAAUACAAGCUCCGAACUGACCGCAAGCUCCCCACCCUGAUUGUCCGUCCCCGAGGCUGGCACCUUGAGGAGAAGCACUUCCUCGUUGAUGGCGAGCCCAUCUCCGGCAGUCUCUUCGACUUUGGCUUGUACUUCUUCCACAACGCCGUUGAGGCGCAGAAGAAGGGCUUCGGACCGUACUUUUACCUACCCAAGAUGGAGAGCCACCUCGAGGCUCGUCUGUGGAACGAUGUUUUCAACCUGGCCCAGGACUACAUUGCCAUUCCCCGUGGCACCAUCCGAGGCACUGUCUUGAUCGAGACUAUCCUUGCUGCCUUUGAGAUGGACGAGAUCAUCUACGAGCUCCGUGAGCACAGCUCUGGCCUCAACUGCGGUCGCUGGGACUACAUCUUCAGUACCAUCAAGAAGUUCCGCAACAACCCCAACUUUGUCCUCCCCGAUCGAUCGGCCGUCACCAUGACCGUCCCCUUCAUGGACGCCUACGUCAAGCUCCUUAUCCAGACCUGCCACAAGCGCGGUGUCCACGCCAUGGGUGGCAUGGCCGCCCAGAUCCCCAUCAAGGACGACAAGGAGGCCAACGACAAGGCCAUGGACAACGUCCGUGCCGAUAAGCUACGCGAGGUCCGUGCCGGCCAUGACGGCACAUGGGUUGCUCACCCUGCUCUCGCCGCCAUCGCCUCCGACGUCUUCAACAAGUACAUGCCCACUCCUAACCAGCUGUUUGUCCGCCGCGAGGACGUCAAGAUUGGCCGGAACGACUUGCUGAACAUGAACGUUCCCGGAGUCAUUACCGAGGAGGGCAUCAAGAAGAAUCUCAACAUUGGCCUGGGCUACAUGGAGGCCUGGAUCCGAGGAGUCGGCUGUGUCCCCAUCAACUACCUCAUGGAGGAUGCUGCCACCGCCGAAGUCUCCCGAAGCCAGCUCUGGCAAUGGGUCAAGCACGGCGUCUCAACCGCCGAAGGCAAGCGCGUCGACAAGGCCUAUGCUCUCAAGCUCCUCAAGGAGUGCACUGAGGGCCUUGCUGCAAAGGCUCCUCAGGGCAACAAGUUCCAUCUCGCCGCCCAGUACUUCUCCACACAGGUCACUGGUGAAGAUUACGCUGACUUCCUGACAACACUACUUUAUGAUGAGAUUACAAAGCCUGGUUCUCCUUCGCCGGCGUCUAAGCUGUAAAUGCUGUGUUUGGUGUUGUGUGUUUUAUUAAGUGUAACGAUAGUAUGAAUAAGUUUAAUAAAAGCGUUUUAUUUAAAUAAGAGUAUUAUAUAUUUAUAAUAACAUAUCUCCU